GACAAGAAGUGGACGGGGUUGGAAAGAAGACCCUCAGCAGCAGGAAAGGGAACUGGGCAGAGAUGAAGCUACAGGGGUCCCUGGCCUGCCUCCUGCUGGCCCUGUGUCUGGGCAGUGGGAAAGCUGGUCCUCUGCAGGGUGGAGGGCAGGGUGUUGGGGCAAAUGCUGCCCAAGGGGUGGGAGAUGCCAUUAGCCAAGGAGUUGGGGAGGCUGUGGGCCAAGGAGCAGGCCAGGCAGCCAGCUCAGGAAUCCAGGAGGCUGCUGGCCAAGGGGGUGGAGAUGCAGCCAGUUCUGGAAUCCAGGAGGCCAUUGGCAAAGGGGCCAAAGAGGCAGCCAGCUCCGGAAUCCAGGAGGCGUUUGGCCAAGGGCACGGAGGGGAUGGUAGCUCUGGGCUUAGGGAUGCCAGGGGCGAUGCUUUCAGCCACAGGCUCGGGGAAGCAGCCCGCUCUCUGGAACACAUGGGGAGUGAGGCUGGAGGCCAAGCUGAGGAUGUCAUUCGACGCGGACUAGAUGCUGCCCACAACUCUGGGUCUUGGGGGUCAUCUGGAGGCCAUGGCAUGUUUGGCUCUCAGGGUGGCCGGGGCAAUCCUGGUCAUCCAGGGACUCCCUGGAGUUCAGAAAGCAGCUAUGGUACCAACUACGUGGGUAGCUCCAUGGAUCAGGGCAGCGAUGGCAGUGCAUUUAACUAUGAGACCAACCCUCAGGGAGCUGUGGCCCAGCCUGGCUAUGGGUCAGUGAGAGGCAGCAACCAAAAUUCAGGGUGUACCAAUGCCCCACCAUCAGGCUCCCAUGAAAGUUCCAGCAACUCUGGGGAAAGCAGUGGCAGCCAGGGCAGCAGCAGCCAUGGGAGCAGUGGCAGCCAUGGGAGCAGCGGCGGCAGCAGUGGCCAUGGUGGCAGUGGUGGCAGCAGCCAUGGUAGCAGUGGCGGCAGUGACCACAGUGGCAGCAGUAGUCAUGGUGGCAGUAGCCAUGGGAGCAGCACUGGCAGCCGGGACAUAGAAACUUCUAAUUUUGAUGAAGGCUACUCAGUGUCCAGGGGAACCAGUUCAGGCAGCAGAGGUGGAAGUGGUGGCGGAAACAAACCUGAGUGUGACAACCCAGGGAAUGAUUCUCGCAUGUCUGGAGGAUCUAGAAGUCAGGAAACCAGAGAGAGCAGUCACCUCCUUGGGCGUGAGCAAUCAGGCAAUCAGGGUCCAGGGUCCAGUGGGGACAGUGGAAGAAAUGAAGCUGUCAGUGGACUCAAUACUAUGAACUCGGAGGCAUCUUCCAUGCCCUUCAACUUUGACAGUUUCUGGGAGAAUUUUAAAUCCAAGCUGGGUUUCAUUAACUGGGAUGCCUUUAACAAGGACAAGGGGAGCAAACCGUGACUUCCAGACAAGGAAC